UAUUCAUCCGCCUCUCUCCAUGUUCCCUCCGAGACAGUAAUAACCCUCUGUCUCCAUGUUGGAUUGCUGCUGUUUCACCAGGAGGCUAGACUCUGGUCAGUUAUGUCCAACUGCGGUCAACUUCACAAACAUGACUCACAAAUGGCUCUGAUUCAAAUUUACAGAUGUGAAUCAGCAAUGACUCAUAUCUAGCCAUUGCAAACUGGUAAUUUCUCUGAGCUGUUGUCUCAUCAUUACUGUGGUAUCUGGUCAUUAGAGGUUACCAAUAUUUACACAAAUUACUCUUUGUUGGGAGAGCAGCACAGCUGUGCUUCCAAUAAUGAUAAGUGUAAGUAUAGGUCUGUACCAUGCAGAAGUAAUAGGGUUCAAUAGCUUACAUCUAGACUUGAGUAUGUUAAUUAUCUAACAUGAGAUGCUUGCAGAACUGAUGUUUACAUAACCAUUUAGCCUAAUUCUCAUUUAACAAAUGGUUUAUUGCUGUAAUAUAAAUGAAUUGAAGCAUUCAUUGUGGCAUUCACCCUUGGACUCUUGCUUAAUACAAAAUGUAUCCUUCCUUCAAACAUAAACCAGAGAUUAAGUGAGAGGUAGCCUAUAUUUCCUUAAGAACUGUAUGCAUGUUGUAAAACGAUUCCCAAACAUUUCACAGUGACAGGAGGGGUUGAUGUUUACCCUUUCACAGUGUAAGACCAUCCCAGUCAUAUUUGUAUAGGUCGUUUUAAGUAUAAAAACAAAACCUGCACGUCGUGCCUAAUUUUCUCUUGGCAAAGGCAGAAUCCUUAUACGGAACAUUGAGAAAACGCGUAGAUGGACGCAAUUCGCGUUCGGUGUGUGAACGACCCCUAAACAUUUCAAGUGUGAAUGUCAUUUUAAUAAAAAGUGGAUGUGGCAUCACUCACUUUAUUCGUCUCUCUGUGUUCUAAUUUUGGUAAUUUGAACUUUUUCUCCGUCCCGUCCCACUUUGUUCAUUGCGCCAAGGGCCAAAUAGGAAAAUGUACCCUGUUGGUUGAAGAGAGUGGGUUGAUCAAAGAUCAUUCUGCCGCGUUUAUUCCUCCACUCUGUCAUCCUCCCUCUCUCUUCUCUGGACGGAGCACACAGCAUCCAUCAUCUACAUCUGAGCCGGACUUAGACAAGAUCUCACAGAGACUUUUCAACAGAAAUAUCACCUGAAUAUUCGGAAUGGGAUCAGCGAUGUGCCUGCAUCUACUGCUGCGUGCCAUCUGUCUCUUUGUCCUGUCAUCUUCUGCCGUCCAAUGUUCUGCUGCAGAUGAGACUACACUACAAGUGACCAUUCCUGAUAGCUCCCCUGUGUCUGCCAUUUUGGGAGGCUCCCUGACUCUGCCCUGCCUGGUGACUCUGUCCCGGCCUCUCUCUCUGGGACGGCAUGUGGUACUUACCCACCCACGAGUCAAAUGGAGCUUUCUUUCGUCUAACCAAGAGACAGAGAUCCUAGUGGCCCGUGGGGAGCGGGUAAAGGUGAGUGAGCUGUAUAAAGGCAGGGCGUCACUUCUGAACUAUGCUGCCUCUUCAGUUGAUCUCACCCUCAGACUGGAUGACCUGAUACACAACGAUACAGGCUUCUACCGCUGCGAGGUCCAGCAUGGCUUGGAGGACGCUCAUGACCAGGCCCAGGUCAAAGUAAAAGGUGUCGUCUUCCUCUAUCGCCAUACCUCCAGUCGCUAUGCCUUCACUUUUGAUGAGGCCAAGGUUGCAUGUGAGGACAUUGGAGCUCAGAUAGCUUCUCCAGAGCAGCUGCUGGCUGCAUAUCACAGUGGCUAUGAGCAGUGUGAUGCUGGCUGGCUUUCAGAUCGCUCUGUGAGAUACCCAAUCCAAAUGCCUCGUGAAGGCUGUUUUGGAGACAUGGAUGGAUUACCAGGGGUUAGAAACUAUGGCGUGAUGGAUACUGAUGAGCUCUAUGAUGUGUAUUGCUAUGUGGAAAACAUCUAUGGGGAGGUUUUCCAUGGGUCGACACCACAGCGCUUCAGCCUGUCAGAAGCUCAAGAGUACUGUGAGCAGCAGGGAGCUCAGCUAGCCACAACAGGCCAGCUAUAUGCUGCAUGGAAUGAUGGUCUGAACCAUUGCAGUCCAGGCUGGCUAGCUGAUGGAAGUGUUCGCUACCCCAUAGUGACCCCUCGUGAACGUUGCGGAGGCUCUGAACCUGGUGUCAAGACUGUCUAUCGUUUCAGCAAUCAGACAGGCUUCCCUGAGCCACAUUCUCUUCAUGAUGCCUACUGCUUCAGAGCUAACAGCAACUCUCAGACAGUCCCUUCUAUAGAUCAUAUGGCAGCAGAGCCAGAAGACAUCGACCAUCAUAUUGUGACUUUAGUUGACCCCCAGGAGGAGUACAGUAUGGAUCAGAUCACUCGGCAGUCAGAAAAUGAGGCUCGGGGUGCUGUUGAGUCCUUUUCCAUUUACAGCAAACAGACUACUUUAAAACUAGGGGAACACAAUCAGACCCCAUACCCUCAGGAUGAUGUCACUGCUAGCACCAAUAGUGAUCUCACCAUCCCAACCAGCACAGACAGAGAAUUUGAAUCCACUCAGGUCACCAGGCAAAAAGAGAUGAGCCAUCCCAUUAAUGCUGAGUUUGUUCCAGAGAUUUAUAUAGAGCCAAAUCACAACCAUUCCAUGUCAAAGGGAGAAUCAAAUGUAUUGCAAGCUUCAACAAGUGAUGAUGUGACAGGCAGCAAUCAUGAGCAUUACCAACACAUACCAGACACCAACUUAGAGCCAGAAGAGCCUACUGACUACAUCCCACCUACAAAGGCUCAGCCUGAAGCAAAAGAGGAACCAUCUUCUGAAUUAGAAGAGAUGGAUGGGUCCAAACAUUUCCAGCCCAUGCCUGACACCAACCUGGAGGAUAACGAUGAAGAUCAUAAGCAUAGUGAGAUCUCCAUGACCACUGAGGUUACUACAUUGGAAUAUGAUCCAAGCAAUGAGACAACAACUCAGGCACCUACUGUCCAACCAGGUCCCUCAACAUACCUUCCUGAGGGUGGGAGUAUUGCAGAGAAUAUUACAGAAACUCCAGAGCCAGAUGAAGACCUGGGUCUAUAUCACACAACUCAGUCCACCUUAGUUAGCCCAUCCAAUACUGCAUCUUUAGAGGGUUCAGGUGAAGAUUUGACCCUUUUGUUUACAGAAGUGACAGAACGUCUGGUCACCGCGGAUAAAUCGGAGACAUAUGGAGCAUUUACAUCUGAGACAACUACAGAAACCUUCUCAUUGACAGAUCCGAACAAGACUAGUCUGAGUUUUAAAUCCAGAUUUGAAGACUCUAGUGUUAUAUAUCAGAACACUUCUGAAGACCAUCAUGUUGGAGAGAUCUCGGCUGAGACUGUUCCUGUAUCUCUUGGUGCAGUUGAUUAUGUCAGUGAUCACUUGACUACGAGCAUAACACUUGGCAGCGUGAAAGAAACAGAAUCAUCUGAAGGCUCCGGUGAACAUGAUGAUGUCCUGCCUGUAACACUGUUGACCACCCCUAUGCCUCACCUGUUGGGCACCCCAUCCACACGUCAGCCUCUACAGGAAGAAAUAAUUUCUCCACGGGAGACUGAAAGAUUCUUCCAUGAAAGCAGCACCCAGUCUGGCCUGGGCAUUGUAGAGGAAUAUCUGGAGAAGGUUAAGCAGGAAGGGCUUGGAGAGGAACCUAAUCACGUUUAUACCACAUCCACAGAGCUUAAUAAUUCCACUGUAACUUUUAGCUUGGAUGGUAGUUAUGAGGAUGAGUCCUCAGGAGGAGAGCUGUCAAGUAACUGGUCUUCAGUUACUAAGCACCCAUACUCAAAUAUGGCCACCAUUACACCCUCCAGCCCUACAGAUAUACAAGACAAUGAUCAUGAGAAAAAGCAAGCAAGUACUGUGGACCCCCCUACAGCUUUGGAGGUCACAUUGCUGCCUGAUGUGACCAAAACACCCAGCUGGCACACUGCGCCUUCUCCUACAAAGCCAGGGGAGUUCCGGGCUGAUGUAGAAUUCAGUGGAGAGGCUCCAUUUACUACUGAUAACAUCAAAACCUUUGGUGAAUCUGAUUCUACUAAUGCCCCCACCACUGAGCAGCCAGACCAAGCUCAAAAGACAUCCACCACAUCAACUGGUAAUGAAAAGAAUGAAGAUUAUGACCUUAUAACUAUAAAAGAAGACCCUGAAAAUAUGGAAGAUGAUUUUGAAACAAAAACCCCAUCUGAGCCUGUCACUCUGCAUCCCAGGCCAACACAGAGAGUGUUGGUAAGAACAGGCAACAAUUUAGAUGCAUGUAUGGAGAACCCUUGUGAAAAUGGAGGCACCUGUGUGGACAGUGGAACUGGUCCUAAGUGUCUCUGUCUAGCAACCUAUGGAGGAGACUUUUGCCAGACAGAUCUGGAGUACUGUGAACCAGACUGGCAAAAGUUCCAAGGCUUCUGUUACAAAUAUUUCACCAAACGGCAGAAAUGGGAGGUGGCAGAGCAGCACUGUCGUAUGUGUGGUGGGCAUUUGGUCUCUGUUAUGUCACCUGAGGAACAGGAGUUCAUCAAUGAUAAAUACAGGGAAUAUCAAUGGACUGGUCUCAAUGACAAGACCAUUGAGGGAGAUUUCCGUUGGUCAGAUGGAAGCCCACUGCUAUAUGAGAACUGGUAUCGUGGACAACCAGACAGCUACUUCCUGUCAGGGGAGGAUUGUGUUGUCAUGGUGUGGUAUGAUGAUGGGCGUUGGAGUGAUAUCCCUUGUAACUACCAGCUCUCCUAUACCUGCAAGAAGGGCAUUGCAUUCUGUGGCCAGCCCCCUCUUGUGCUCCACGCUAAGAUGUUUGGACGGCGGCAACUGAAAUACAGGGCAAAUUCACAGGUGCGCUACUACUGUGAGUCAGGCUUCAUCCAGAGACAGAACCCUGUCAUCACAUGUCAGAUCAACGGACAGUGGGAGGAGCCUCAAAUCACUUGUACACCAGCGCACUCAAAUGGAGAACUGGUAACAUGGCCCACUGGUCAGAACAAGGAAAUAGUCAUAGAAGAUACAACAACAGAAAAAACAACACCUGAAUAUUUGGAUAUAAAAUGGAACUUUUAAAACAAAUGUUUUCUUUGUUCUGUUUUUCAUUCCCUCCUUAUCAUGUCAUUCCUUCAUUUAUCCUCCUUAGAGACUUUCAUUUGUCAACCCCGCCAUAUUCUUCAUAUAACAGCAAUGUUAAUAUAGGAAAUCUGUCCCACCUUAACUAAGUUCUUUUCUACUUCAUUUCCCUUUGUGUACACCAUGACACUGAGUUACAUGCUUUGUAACUCUAAGAUAAAAGCACAUUUAACUGUAACCCUAAUUUUUUAUAAGCACACUUGAUGAAAAAGCGCAAAAUUGUUGGACCAAGCACAUUUCAUUUCAUCCUUUUUUAUCGCUCCUUUUUUUCUUUUUUUAGUAAAUUAUAAGAUAAACCAAUGAAAUAAAUGCUCUCUAACCUCA